UUUCUUAAGUAGGCACUGAAAGAGCAAAAGCACACAAAGAAAUAUCCUCGAUCCAAGCCAAGCAGGCCCUUAGUUUUUCUUUCUUUCUCACCAAAUCAACUAGCAUAUUGCAAUAGCACAAACAUGCUUACAGCAAGCAAGUAAUAUGUGCGACAUGCAAAUUAAUGUAUGCAGGUGACAUUCUUCAAGUGUGGUGGAGUGGCCUUAGGGACGGCGACGCACCAAGGCGCGAUGGACGGCACUACCGCGUUUCACUUCUUCCAGACAUGGUCAGCCUUCUCCAGGGAUGGCGACCGGGACGUGGUGAAGUUCCCCUACCUUGACCGCACACUCUUGUGCGCGCGCGACCCACCCAUUAUUCAUCCGGACACCCUCUCCCUAUUCUGCCUCAAGACAACCAACUUGUCCCGGCCGCCGGCGCCGGGGCCUGUCGUCGUCAACGAGGUUUUCACCCUCUGCAAGGAUCAAAUUUCCGCUCUUAAGCACAUGUGUGGUGGCGGCCGCGUGAGCACCUUCAGCGCCGUGAGCGCAUACAUGUGGCGGUGCAUGUGCUUAGCCCGGCGGCUUCCGCCAGACUCCACGACGCGCCUCGAGUUCCUGGCCAACUUCCGACGCAGCAUUGCGCCGCCGCUCCCGGACGGCUACUUGGGCAACGCGAUGUUGCAAGUAAGCGUCGCCGACAAAACAUGGGACGUCGUCUCGCGCGAUCUGGCCCACGUCGCGCACCGGAUCAGAGGCACUCUCGGCCGGGUGAACGAUGAGCUGGUGCGUUCGGCGGUAGACUACCUCGAGCUCGACCUGGCAGAAAGGGACAACGGCCCGGCUAUCGGCGUUCUGCCAGCGACGGACCUGUGUGUGGUCAGCUGGCUCGGCAUGCCCUUGUACGAUGUGGAUUUCGGCUGGGGAAAGCCGUUGGCUAUGUUGCGUGCCGAACAAAACCGCCGAGGUUUCGUGCUCAUGAUGAACGGCGCGCGGGGGGAUGGCAGCGUGCGCCUGUCCAUGUCCAUAGAAGCUGCAAUUCUCAAGGAGUUCCAGCGUUUGUUCUAUAUAAAGCUCGAUAGCAAGGUGUAUUCCAAGUUCUAG